GCUUGGGAGAGGUAUAAGAGAAUUACCAUGCAGUUAAGGAACACACACAUAUAAAUCCUCUAUGUGGGAAGGUGAAGUAAAUUUAAAAUCUUUAUUCAAUGCUCUCAGCUACGCUAAACUGAAGUUAUUCAAUUCCUUUGCAACUAUCCUGGUCCACCUCCUUCUUUCAUCCAAACACUUCUUUCGCUUUUCAGUUGCUCCAUUUACUACUUCAACUGAACCUUAUUUCACAAUAUAUCUUCAUCUUUAUCAAAUCUACAUCUCGUUUUUUAGUUGCUGCUGCUAUUCUUGUCUUUCAUUCAUUUCCACUGUUUCAGUCAUUAAACAAUCUGUCUGUUUUCUCAUAUAUAGUCUAUUCCAUUUGUUUCUUCCAGUAGCUAGCAUGCAGUAGAUGUAAAUUUCUGAGGGUAAGUUUCAUUUUAUGCAUGAAAAGAGAAAGUUGGUUGUUUAAAAGAGUGACCCAGAGAGAAGCGUAGUGAUUGGAUUAGUUCUGGAUGGUGACGGUGUGGGAAGAGCCACUUGUUCUUCUGGUAAUUCCCACCACAGGAGAUCAAGAAGUGCCUCAGAGAAGACUCUUAUGAUAGGAGGCGAUCGCAAAAGGAUGACAUUAGAGAGACACAUGGAUUGCCACCACCGACAAGGAGCUGCAGGGCAAGCCCGCUUCAUGAAAGCUUCAAAAAAACAAUGAACAUCAUUCCUAACAACCGCGCUUCAUUGGAAAAAGAUGUGAUACUUAUUGUCAGAUUGAAGAUUUGCAAUUGCAGUUGCAGCAAGAAAGAUUAAUGUGGAUGUUGUUUGAGAAGACAAUCAGAAGAACUUCUAGCCUACUUUCCCCUGGCCAUCGCCAUUUUUCCUGUGUUGUAAGAACCGGACCGGACCGGCCGGUUCGACCCGGAAACCGGUCCCGGCCAGAGAUCCGGUCCGGUUAAGCACAGACCUGCUAACAUGAACGAAAUCAGAUUUAACUAGUGGACCGGACCCGGACUGCCGCAAAUUUGGGAAAACCGGACAGUUCAUUUCUUCAAAUCAUUUAUUCAUUAAAAUGAGUAUCACGGGGGGGUUUGAACACCCAUCUCUAGUAACCGAAACGCACGCCGAACCAACUGGACUAUUUCUCGGUUGAGUACAACGUUGCUUUUCACGACUCUAUACUAUAAGUACUUAGCAGAUUUACACAAUCAUACUAAUAACCAAUUUUAAUUGCUAUUGCUAUUAGUUUACAACGUACAUAGAUUAAACUAUACGUAUUUAUGUGUAAAUCUAUCAAUUAUACUCGUAAUUGUUUAUAUAAAUAUUAUAUCUCAAUAUUUUGAUUAUUUUCCAUAUAAUUGGAAACACAUAUUUAAUUUUGUGAAAUUUUUAAUAUAUUGGUUCAUAAUUUUUUAUUUAAUAUUAUAAUCAAUAGUAAAUUUCGAAUUAGAGUAAUUUUUCACCAUACAAUUUUUUUAAAAGUUUUUACCAUACAACUUUAAUCUAAUAUAUAAUUGGAUAUAUUAUACUAGUAUAUUUUAUUUCUCAAUAAAUGUUGACCGGUUAACCCGGCGUUGACCGGGCUGACCCUCCCGGGUCCGGGUUGACCUGUGACCCAGUCGAUUGCCUGGGUCGCCUUCCGGUCCGGUUUUUACAACAUAGCAUUUUUCUGCUCAGGUAUGCAAACCACACCGGUGCAUAUGAGUGACAGCAUCUUCAUUAAUUAAAUUUUAAAUAACUACUUAAAUAAUUAAAUGAUAUGAGUGACAGCAUCUCAUACUAUUAUUGUGGGGGUGUAACCUGUAACCCAAAGUCACAUCAGAAAAAUAAUGAAUUAUAUUGAAUAAACUAUGGCAUUUAGAAGGAGCCCCAAAACAAAUUAAUUUGGCUUGGCAGAAAGUGGACAAUAUCAUACGUAGUACUACUAAAUUUCGACUUGUGUGGUCAUAACGGUUAUAUGUAACUAUUCAUUUUUAUUGAAGUUUCUUAAGUAAAAAAGAAUUAUAUGAUAGGAUCAAGGAUAGGGUCUACCAGUACAAAAAGCUUCAAUGGCAAAUUCUCUGAAAGAUCAUCUCCACCGGUGUCCAUGUAAGUUAUCAGUGGAAUGGUAAGGUGCAUGUCAGUAGUGUAUUGCUGGCUACAGAAGACUACUAUCACUGUUAAUCUGGGGGAGAAAAUAAAUCAGCUUUAUCAUCAAAUGUCAAAAUUCCUGGGCAUGAUGUUACUAAUGAGCUGGAGAAAGACCGGUUCAGCUGCAAAUCUACAAUUGUAAUUUCAAGGAUAUCGUGUGAUAAAAGUAACGUCUCACGUGCAUUUUAUGCAAUUAAAACGUACAGGUAUAAAUGGUUCCUGGUUUCCUGCGGACAAAAUAUAUAAUACAGAGCAAACGUUAACAUCACCAACUUUAUACUCUUUAGACACUCGUAAUUCAAAUUCACAUACGUAGUAUUUUUUUGUUCAUCAUCAAUCAAGGAUAACACUUCACCUUUACCUUUGAACAUUAUAUCCAGACUUAUGGUGGAGCAACUUGAAAGGGUGUAUAUAUGGUGGAGCAACUUGAAAGGGUGAACAUAUCUCAGAUGGAAACUAAUGCACAGAUGGUUUUCUGGAUCAACUUAUACAACUCCUUGGUUAUGCAUGUAAAUGAUUAAUUAUUACCUAUUUAUUCACCUGGCGUUUCUAGCAUAUGGCAUACCAUAAAACUUUCUUAGAAGGCUGGCCUUGUCUCACAAGUGCAGGCUGCAUACAACGUUGCUGGGCAUGUCGUUAGUGCAAAUGCCAUUGAACAGUCAAUCUUUUGCUUGAGGACUCCACGGAUAGGAAGACAGAUAAUUCGUUUAUAUCUGUCAUGCAGAAAGUUUAUGAGAGUGAAUAGUGAUAAAAAUAUGCAUAUUUCCCAUAUGUACCAACAACAUACCCUCUUGUUUUGGCAGUGUUCUUUAACAACUAAUAGACAUCUUGUUGCACCCGGGGGGCUUUUAUGAUAGAAUCAAGAAGCCGAUUGAUUCCCC